UCAUAUCAUAUUCGAACACCACAAAAUCGAAUGACGUCUGCUUAUUUCGGAGUCGCUGGCGGAGGUAAUGCUGGAGCUCAAUCAGCAUAUUUCGGAGUCGGAGGAGGACCUGCUGGAGGAGGCGGUGGCAACAAGUCAGCUGGAGGAGGUGGUGCACCACCACCUGGAGUGUCGUGUUACUUGGGAGCUGGAGCCGGAGGCGCUGCCAGUGGAUCUCAAUCGGCUUACUUUGGUGUCGGAGGAGGCCCAGUUGGAGGUGGAGGUGGCGGUGGAGCACCACCAGCUGCUUCAAAUGAUGCAGGAUACUUUGCUACACCACCAGCGGCACCAGCUGGAGGGUCUUCGACUAUGACUGCCGUCGGAGGAGCCCCACGCGGAGCAUCAACCAUGACGGCUGUUGGUGGAGCCCCUGUUGGAGGAUCAAGCACAAUGACUGCAGUUGGUGGAGCGCCAUCGGGAGCUUCAACCAUGACCGCUAUCGGAGGAGCACCUCGUGGAGCAUCAACAAUGACAGCUGUCGGUGGAGCCCCAAUGGGAGGAGGAUCAACAAUGACUGCCGUUGGAGGAGCGCCAUCAGGAGCUUCCACCAUGACUGCUGUUGGCGGAGCUCCAUCCGGAGCAUCUACCAUGACCGCAAUUGGAGGAGCCCCACGUGGAGCAUCAACAAUGACAGCUGUCGGUGGUGCACCAAUGGGAGGGUCAUCUACGAUGACAGCGGUUGGCGGAGCACCAAUUGGUGGAUCUUCGACAAUGACUGCUGUGGGAGGAGCACCACGUGGUGCCUCGACCAUGACAGCCGUCGGAGGUGCUCCAGGAGGAGCUAGUACCAUGACUGCAAUGGGAGGUGGUCCAUCAGCUUUUGGAGGAGCACCACCACCGCCAUCUGGAUCAGCGAUGGGAGGAGGAGGUGGAGGUGGAGCCACAUCUGCGUACUUCGGUGUUGGAUCUGGAGCUAUGGGAGGUGGAGGAGCUGGCGCCCAAUCGGCAUACUUCGGAGUUGGUGGAGGACCAGUUGGAGGUGGUGGCGGUGGAGCCAAAAGUGGAGGAGGCGGUGGAGGUAUCCCCGGACAAUCGGUUUACAUGGGAGCCGGUGGCGGCGGCGGCGGCGGCGGUGGAGGCGGAGCUACUUCUGCUUACUUUGCUCCAAGAUAAUUGCACUAAAAUAAUGGAUGUUUUAUAAAUGAUGAUUUUGAA